UCCUCUCCGCUCUAAGAAGCAGGGUGAGCCCACGAGGAGCAAUGGAACAGGGCAGCGGCCGCUUGGAGGACUUCCCUGUCAAUGUGUUUUCCGUCACUCCUUACACACCCAGCACCGCUGACAUCCAGGUGUCCGAUGACGACAAGGCUGGGGCCACCUUGCUCUUCUCAGGCAUCUUUCUGGGGCUGGUGGGGAUCACAUUCACUGUCAUGGGCUGGAUCAAAUACCAAGGUGUCUCCCACUUUGAAUGGACCCAGCUCCUUGGGCCCGUCCUGCUGUCGGUUGGGGUGACAUUCAUCCUGAUUGCUGUGUGCAAGUUCAAAAUGCUCUCCUGCCAGUUGUGCAAAGAAAGUGAGGAAAGGGUCCCGGACUCGGAACAGACACCAGGAGGACCAUCAUUUGUUUUCACUGGCAUCAACCAACCCAUCACCUUCCAUGGGGCCACUGUGGUGCAGUACAUCCCUCCUCCUUAUGGUUCUCCAGAGCCUAUGGGGAUAAAUACCAGCUACCUGCAGUCUGUGGUGAGCCCCUGUGGCCUCAUAACCCCUGGAGGGGCAGCAGCCGCCAUGCCGAGUCCUCCUCAAUACUACACCAUCUACCCUCAAGAUAACUCUGCAUUUGUGAUUGAUGAGGGCUGUCCUUCUUUCGCGGAUGGUGGAAAUCACAGGUAUGGCCCAGUCCUGAUGCUGACCAGGUAGAAGAGACACAGCUGGAAGAGGAGGCCUGUGCCUGCUUCUCUCCUCCCUCUUAUGAAGAAAUAUACUCUCUGCCCCGCUAGAGACUAUUCUGAUAUAAUAAUACAAUGCUCAGCUCAGGGAGCAAGAGUUUCCGUCAUUGUUACCUGACAACCAUGGUGUUCUAUGUUGCAAACUUCAGAAGCUACAGCAGCGCCCAGGCAGCCUGACAGACAUCAUUCAAAGGGGGAAAGGGGAAGUGGGAGGUGCAAUGUCUCAGACUGGUAAAAAUUAGGCUGGCCCGAGGCAAUUUUUCUCUGGAACAGUUUCAAAUUCCCUCGGGUAAGAAAUCUCCUGUGUAAGGCUCAGGAACGGGAAUUUCACUUUUUCAUUCCCCACCCUCCCCCUUCCCUGUAGGAAGGCAUUGGUGGCUCAAUUUUAACCCCAGCAGCCAACAGAAAAAUCAUGACUUCUGAGACUUUGGGAGUUUCCACAGAGGCGAGAGUUGGUGGGAAGGAAGCAGGGAAGAGAAAGCAGGCCCAGCUGGAGAUUUCCCCAUGGCUGUCCUUGGCCCCAAAGCAGACUCACUAAUCCCAAACAACUCAGCUGCCAUCUGGCCUCUCUGAGGACUCUGGGUACCUUAAAGGCUGUAAAACAAAACAAAACAAAAACAUCAAACCAAUGAAAUAAAAUAAAGCAUGUCUCCUGCUAGAAUAGUAUUGGAUACCUGGCUAAAUUACACAAAAUAGACCGUAGUAGGAUAACGCUGUGAAUAAAUCCUUCCCUGAUCACUGAGUCACAGUGACCCCUGGCUGCUGCUGUUCUCUUCUGCAAGGUUGAAGUUUGACUUGUGAUGUACAUGGGUGGGCUCUUGGUCCACCCCAGGCUGGGGCCUGCGCCAGGCAUGAACUAACUGGGCCCAGCGGCUGACAGAACACAGGACUUUCCAAAGUACCCGUAGGUCUGUGGAGCGAGACAGAGCAGAGUUGCCAUGUCAACACAUGGGGAAUGAUAUGACAGAAACAAUCUUUAUGACUAAAAGAAACUCAUCUUCUUCAUUAAAAUCUUUGGUGUCCUUAAUCUCUCUGAAUUUGGCUGUGUAAUAAACGACUGGAACUGA